UUUUUAUUUAGGAAGUUCAUUAUCACUAAAUCUGUAUUGAUCGUCAAUACAUUAUGUCAGCGAAAAAAUUGGAAUCCACGGAUGUCUGCGACAGUCAGCUAGACUUACUAGCCAGGCCUAACGACAGGAGCAGAUGCCACAUGUAUGCCCUAGCAGGAUUUGUCUUUUUCAUUCUGGUUGCCACGGGAGCUUUUUGUGUUUGUGUUGUCAUCUAUUUCACAGGAGGCUAUAGAGAAAUGGUUAAUAGAUAUGAUCCUGAGACAGUAAGUGGAGAGAGGUCUGACUGCUUGAGACUCGCCAGUCAAGGAUAUAAAGAAUUAUGUGAGAAAUGCCCAGCUCUUAAUAUCUCUCUCAAAGGACUGCAUAUGAAGCGGCAAGCGGUGCCUUGCCUGCCACUCGUCGACAAUUCAGCCAGUUCAACACCUUCAUUCAACAUACAACAAACACCAACAGUGACGCCAAAACUGACCAACUAUCGGAUCCCCACCUCCUUGUACCCUACCCAUUAUAAUAUUGAAAUACAGACUUAUAUCGCUGGCGAUAACUCAGCAAAUUUCUUCUUCAAGGGCCAUGUCAAGAUUUGGUUGCGAUGUGACGAGCCUUCGGACAACGUCACGCUUCACCUCAAUGGACUCACAGUGGACUAUUCAAGUCUAGGUUUCUACAGCAAGGACUUAGACCACAGUAGUCCGAACUACACGGAUUGGUCAGCAGAUAAGAAAAGAAACUUUUUUAUACUAAACCUUGACGACUUCACGGAGGCUGGUAAAACGUAUGUAAUAGAAAUGAGCUACACGUCGCCUUUUAGUAAGGAAUUAAACGGAUUCUACCUCAGUUCAUACAAAGGAAAAAAUAAGAUCCACUAUCAGGCUGUAACUCAGUUUCAACCCACUGAUGCUAGAAAGGCAUUCCCAUGUUUUGAUGAGCCUGCCAUAAAGUCAACCUUCAAUGUGACACUUAUACGACCAAGCGAGUUUACCUCAAUAUCCAACAUGCCUCUUAUUGGCAAUUCUACAACAUUCAUGGAGGACGGUGUGACUUAUGUUAAAGAUGUGUAUGCUCAGACCAAAAAAAUGUCCACCUACCUACUAGCAUUCGUUGUGUCUGACUUUUCCUAUGUUCAAACUACAACUAAGGAUGGAGUCCUGUGCAGAGCCUGGGCCAGAGAAGAAGAAGUCUCCAAUACUGCGUAUGCUUUGAAUAUUACUACUCAAGGUUUAGCCUUCUUUGAAGAACUCUUUGGUGUUAGUUUUCCCCUACCCAAACUAGAUAUGAUAGCCUUACCAGACUUUGCUGCUGCUGGUAUGGAAAACUGGGGGCUUAUGACUUUCAGAGAAUGGAUCAUGUUAUAUACUAAGGGAGUCACCAGUACGGCAUACCAACAGAUUGUGGCUCUUUAUGUGUCUCACGAAUUAGCACACCAGUGGUUUGGUGAUCUUGUCACACCUAGUUGGUGGGAUGACUUGUGGCUAAAUGAAGGUUUUUCUUAUUAUAUGAUGUACCUUGGAGCAGACCAUGCACACCCAGAAUGGAGCAUCUUCGAGUCAUUUGCUACGUAUGUACAAGAAGCUCUUGCUAAGGAUGGUAUGGUCUCCUCUCAUCCGAUUUAUGUACCAGUUGGCCAUACAGAUGAAAUAUUUGCAAUAUUUGAUACCAUUUCAUAUGUGAAGGGAGCGGCAGUCAUCCGUAUGAUGAAACACUUUCUGGGGGAUGAAACAUUUACAAAAGGAAUGACCUUGUACCUUACAAGCAAUCAAUAUUCUGAUGCGUCUCACGAUGAUCUUUGGGCAUCCCUCACAGAGCAAGUAAUACUGGACAAUAAAACGCUAGACGUGAAAGAAGUGAUGGACACAUGGAUUCUACAAAUGAACUAUCCCUUAGUUACAGUGACACGUGACGACAACAGCAAUGCAACUCUUAGAGUGCGACAGGAGAGAUUUCUACUGAAUCGUAAUGCGGCAGAUCCAGGAACAUAUACAUCACCUUUUAAUUAUACUUGGAACAUUCCCUUGACAUUUGCAAGUAGUUUAACCCUAAACUUUGAUCCGACAGAUGAAGAUGUUUACUGGCUUUGGAAAGAUGAGGAGUCAAAGAGUAUAUCUUACGGUGAUUUGGCACCAAGUGACUCUGAUAUGUCGUGGUUUAUCUGUAAUGUCGAUUUAAUUGGAUUUUAUAGAGUUAAUUAUGACUUAUCCAACUGGCAAGCUUUGGCCAAGCAACUGAAGACAGAUCAUUCGGUUAUACCAAUUGUAAAUAGACUUCAACUCAUUAAUGAUGCCUGGAACUUGUAUAAAUCGGGCUACCUAGAAUUAGAAACAGCUUUCUUAAUUAUGGAAUACCUUGAACAUGAGAAAGAAAAUCUACCGUGGACUGUUGCAACUACGGAAUUGGGUUAUAUUGGUCGAAUGCUGACAUUGACUCCUGCAUAUGGCAGGUUUCAGGCAUUCAUGCGAAAGCUAGUGAAAACUCCUUUUCAGAACUACGGGCUUAACUUCUCAGGCGUUUCACCCUCAGAACAUAGCAAGGGCGUACUUAUAGCUGGUUUAGCAUGUGUAUACCAAGUUCCUGAAUGUAUUGAUGCUGUCAAAAGCCUGUACAAAACAUGGAUGGAUAAUCCCAAAAUUAAUUUAAUUAGUCCCAACAUAAGGACGCUCGUCUAUUGUAGAGCCAUUGCUGCUGGAGGAUUAGAAGAAUGGAAUUUUGCUUUUAAGAUGUACAAGGAGACAGAUGUGGCCUCAGAAAAAAGCAAUCUUCUAACGGCACUAUCUUGUACUAAUGAGCCAUGGAUUCUUAUUAAUUAUUUGAAUAUUUUACUUGAAGACAAUUCUCCAUUUCCAAAACAAGAUUCUCCUAUUGUUGUGAUCUCUGCAUCUAACAGACCAUUGGGAAGAUUCAUUACUUGGCAUUUCUUAAGAGAAAAUUUUGAACAGCUGAAAUAUUUAGUAGCUGAAACUUUCCACUGGGGAAAUGUAAUACUUUCUGUUACUGAAUCAUUUAAUACAAAGACUCAACUUGAAGAACUCCGAAGUUUCAAGGCAAGUCGUGAAGGUCAGUUUGAUAGUGGACAGACAGCCAUCAUACAGGCUAUUGAGAACGCUGAGACCAAUGUGAAAUGGAUGAAGAGGAACUUCAAGCGUAUUAGCGCUUGGUUGUCAGCUCAUACUAUUUAAUUUUCUUUUCAACUAUAGCAAUUGACUUUGAUUUCAAAAUACUAUCGAAGACAUUGUUUUUACUUAGAUUGUAGCAAUAGGAUAAAAAAACAUUUUUUUUU